AAAACAACUGUGAAUUAUCGUUAUUUAGAUAAUGAGCCCACACCGCUGGUUUUGCCUACACAAAUCUCUACUGGCAUUCUGCUGCACAAUAUGCCUAAAUGAUCUACUUAGUGCAGUGGGGGAUUAAUUAAGUCUUGCUAAAUACUUGUGCAAAGCACAUACCAUGUAGUCAUGUUUGAAAUAUCUACCCAUCAGGAUCUGAUAUUCAUGUUUUAAAUCCACCAUCGGAAACCUUGAGGCAGCUGUAUAAGUUGUACACACAGUCAGGGAGUGGAUUACAGAAUUACUAGCAAUGUCUACAGCAGAACCUGCCAGAGUCUCUCAAGGACCAUCUUCAUCAGAGAGAGUCACUGUGAUUCCAUCAAGCUUUAGCAUGGUCUCUACUUCAGAUAUCACUGCAUACCAAAGCAUAUCACCAACAUAUGUUAGAGCAAGCAGCACAACAGUAUAUAACCAGCCAUCAGUUGGUACUGUCAGUUCUUCUACAGAAUCUCAGACACCCAUAUCUGUGUUUUCUGUGUCAUCUCUGUUGUCAUCAGUUGUAGCCUCACCAACAGCACCAUUACCAGACCAGCUCUUCUCUUCUGGUAAUGAGUCAAUUGUGAUUUCCUCCACUUCUGUUAGAUCCAGCUUGGAUAUAAAAUCAUCUGUGAUUCCAACUGCUUCAGAAAUGUCAAGUCUGACAGCAGCAAGUUCAUAUUCUGUUACUGGAUCUAGAGCCAGUGUAUAUCUCAGCCCAGCAUUGACAUCAGAUGUAAUAAGUGUUUCAGGAAGCUUUACAGAAAAAUCAUUGCUUGUGUCUGACACAUCUGUCAGUAUUUCUGCUACACCUCCAUUACAGACUUCUUAUUCAGGAUCUCCAGUAUCCACCAGUGUGAGAUUUCUACCUCCAUUGUCCACAUCAGACAAAUCUGCAACAGCAACAGAGUCACUGAUAUCGGCAUCAACCUGGGCAACUGCAAAACUACCAACGAUAUUGCCAUCAUCAACAUUAAGUUAUUUGUUUUCAAGUGUUACUGCAACCUCUUCAGUAAUACUGUCAUCACCAACUACUACAUCAAGAAAACCAGUCUACAACACUACCUUUGAUUUACCUGGACCAGCAUCCCAGACUGAGUCUCUGUACAUUGUGAUCCCAGUGUGUCUUGUGGUUCUACUCAUGCUGGUCAUCCUUGUCAUUAUGUGUCACCGCUGGAGGAAACAAGUCAAGAAGGUCUAUGAGGAACCACCUCCAGACUUGUGGGUGAAUUCUCAUACCGAGAUGGCCGUCCUACCAGCAGCUUCCACAUCCACGGUGCCAGGAAUACAAGUGGACAACAUCGCACCAUUUAAUCCAGGAGAUACUUUGUGUUGUGUCGUCCACCCAUUCCCAGCACAGCUAGAGAACCAGAUAUCACUGAGGGAAGGAGACAUCAUCAAGAUUUUGGAGAAAGAAGAAAAUGGGUGGUGGCGAGGGGUGAACCAGACCGGCGAAUCGGGCUGGUUUCCAGGAAGCUAUGUAGAGACAGCAAGAUAUGUUCCAAGACUUGAUGAUGAGAAAAAGAAAAAGUCAAGAGUGAGCUCCUUCCUGUUGAAAAAGAAAGACUCCUUGCUGAAGAAAGACCAAAGAGCUGACAACACUGACCAUCUAGACCAAGGAGGUUACUCUCAAGGGGGACAACUCCACAUUGAUGAGAUGAUGGCUGCCAAACAACAAGUGAAUAAAAUAGAAAAUGGAACCAAAUAUUAUGCAGUAUAUUCCUACACUGCAGCUAGUAAAGGGGAAAUAAAUCUGACUGAGGGAGAGGUUGUCAUGGGUUACGAGAGAGACCGCAAUGGCUGGAUGCGAGGGAAGAGAGUGGUCACAAACGAAGAGGGAUGGUUUCCUGCGGUGUAUGUCGAGGAGAUUGAGGACACUGCCUCGCUGUCAUCAGAGAGCACGAUCUCUGGACCUGUGAUGUACGACCAGCUCACCAGGAACAGGAACUACCAUUCCAACCAGGAGUGGAUCGGUCUAGAGCACCGUGCUUGCUAUUCUUACGCUGGCGAGAUUCCUCAAGACCUAUCGUUUGAAGCGGGUGACAAGAUCAUCAUCUACGAGACUCUAGACAAUGGCUGGUGGCUCGGCAGUAAGGGAAAGAAGGUCGGCUGGCUACCAGGAACAUAUGUUCAGCUGGUGGACCCACACACUGACGACGAGAUCCGAUCAGAAGCAUCCAGUGAUGACAAAUUCAGAAGUUCUUCAGAGGACUUGAUCCGGUCAGAUGAUGAGACUAACAAACCCAAGCCAGGCAGGAAGGCUCCACCGCCGCCGCCAACACGUGAAACAUCACCUGUCUCAACCCCUGACAGACAGAGUCCAGCUGCAGAACCUGCUAUAGGUGCUCCAGUAAAUGAUGACCAAGUCAAUGACAAAGAAAUAAUAACUAGUAGUAGAUAUCAGCCAAUAAAAUUUCAGCGAUUGUCUUCUGACCCUGUAAGGCCACUAAGACCAGCUCCUGCACCACCUAGCCAGAGGAGUUCCACAGACCUUGCUCAUCUAAAUGUCCACAAUACUAAUAAUACAGAAAGAUCUGAUGUGAAGAAUUCAAAUCUGCCAGACUUCAAGCCACCAUCUCCUGAAAACUUUGUGACGGUAAAGGUCUCAUUACCAUCUAGAAGCAUGUCCAUGCCAAGUAAGAAGCUGCUGCAUGGAAAGAAACCUGAAGUCCCGAGAAGAUUUUCAAAACCAAGACUUUACAUUCGACGGAAAUCCACCAAACUGACUAAUCUGGCUGUUCACUCUAAACCAUCAAGACCUGUGCCUCCUCGUCCUCCCCAGCCGGUGUUUGGUAACAGAUAUCUCAAAAGGAAGAUGUCCAGAGAACAUUCUCCAGUGGAAGACAAGAUGAGCAUCACCAAUGUAGACUUGAUGACCAGUGGUAUGUCACUGCAUUCUGACCAACCACGUGUCUCUUCUAGGACUCUGCCUCCUGAUAUUGUGUUGUCCAGUUCUGGUGACUCUCAGUUCAACAUGCAAGCCAGAUGCACACCUCCUCUUGCACUUCCGCUUCCUCCAAGUCCAGAAGAGCUGGAGUCGUUGACAAUGUCUGCUUCAGCAGAUGGGUCGCUAGACUCAAAUAUUUCACAGGAAUCUCAGUCGAAUGUUCAGUUCAAAACUAGAAAAGUGAUAAAAGUUCCACCCCCAAUUGUACCACAAUUCAAGUUACAAAACCUUACCAAAAAUUCUGAGUCCGAAAUUAUAAAUAAUUCUGAAACACAAAAUAAUAUAUUAACAAAUUCUGUAGAGAUGAAAAAUGUCAAAAAUCAAGAUAUUGUACAAGAGAAAGAUUCUGGUGAACUGGAAGAAGAUAAAACACAUAUUAUAGAUACUACAGUCACAAUGCCUGGAUCUGGUUCUUCCAAUGGACAACUUGUUCCUGAUGACAGCAACACAAAAACUACAAAUGCUGCAUCAAAUGAACUAAGCUCUAGUGUGGAAAAUGUGCAUAAAUUGGAAAAACAAAAUGAGGAAAACAUUAUGGUGAAAAAACCCAAAUACAAGGUACCUCCUGUAAAACCCCCACCACCCAAGUCACCUCCUCCUAAAGUACAACGAAUGGUGAGGAACAUGGAGGCCACAGACAAAAGUAAAACACCAACUCUGUGGAGAGCAAAGAGGAACUACACAGCAGCAGCCAAAGGGGAACUUUCUUUUGAAGAAGGGACUUUUAUUAAAGAAAUAAGCAAGGCUCUUGGCCAUCCUGGUUGGUGUGUGGGAAUGUUAGCCGAUGGAACAACUGGCCUGUAUCAUCAGUCAUAUGUCGAGGAAUCUCUUGUGAAAGAACAGACACAUGUCUAAAAACAUACUUUUGUGAUCUACGUGUCACUGAAUAGACAAAUCUCUUACAGAGUUACAUGUCUUUAACAUGUGCACUGAUCCUUUUCACUAGUUGUGGAUGCAGCUUCAUUUAAGGAACACACUCAUGUAUAAAACAUAUUAUGUGCUACUAUAAUCUAGUCUUCAUCACUAGUUGUGAAAGGAGGAAUCACAGAAUCAUGUCAAAAACAUAUGUGCUGUUAAUGGUAUGACUAUUAUAAAAGAACAGUCACAUUCACAAUACACAUGUAUAUAUAUAUAUGAAGAGUUUAAGCGCAAAACGUGAUAUAUCCAUUUUUCAUUUUCAGUAAAAGUGAGUUUUUUUAAUUGGCGUAUAUCGCGUUUUGCUAAAAAAACCUGGGAUUUACCCAAUACAAUUUCAUAAGGAUCAAUCAUGUUCUGCAGCAAAUCAGUGGGCCUACGAUUAGCCCUUACUGACAUACAAUAAUGGCUUUAACUAAAAAUUAGAAAGAAAACGGUUUAUAUCGCGUUUUGCGCCUGAACUCUUCAUAUAUAUAUAUAUAUAUAUAUAUGUACACCUGUUUGUAAGUCAUAUGUGGAUUGUAAGAGUCAUAUGUUCAUCAAAAUGUCAUUUUGUGAAGAAAUCUCACCAAAGAACAGGAAUAUAUCUGUAUAUCGUACUACAGGUCUGUAUUAUGAGGCAUAUUUGGAGGAAUCUAUGAAGAAAGAAGUUACAUGUAUAUCAAAAUAUAUACAUAUACCUGUA